UCAACCAAUUCAAGAGUCUGGGCGGAAAAGACUUGCCAAGCUUCACCUUUUCUUUUCCAUUCUUCACUUCUCCAGAUAAGGGUAUGCACAAAACAUGCCUUUCAUCUGAUAGUCUUCGUAUGAGUGAUUGAAGCUAAUGAGCUACAAAAUUAGGGCCAGCAUGCGUUCCCUUUCCCUCCUGGCCGGUAUCUGCUCCGCGCUGGCCGGCUUCGCGAGUGUGAAUGCCGCAGCUUCAGGACCCGCCUCUUUUCCUGAGAUCUUUGAGCAGCUGAACUCUGUCCCUGAAGGCUGGAAGGCAGUUGGUGUCCCUGACACGUCCAAGCGGGUGAACUUCCGCAUCGCUGUCACGCAGCCAAACCCUGGCUUUUUUGAGCAGACUGUGUUAGACAUUUCAACACCAAAUCACCCCAAAUAUGGAAAACAUCUGAAGCUGGAAGAGCUCAAAGCAUUGAUUCGCCCAACUGCCGAGGCAACCAAUGCAAUCACUUCAUGGCUCCUCGAGCAUGGUGUGCCGCCCAACGCUAUUCAUGACGAUGGCGAAUGGAUCAAUUUCAAUGCCACGGUCGGCCAAGCCGAGAAGAUGUUGGACACCAAAUUUAAAUACUAUCGCAGCAAUGUCGACGGCGCGGAGCGUAUCCGGACUCUCCAAUACUCACUCCCUCAAUAUCUGCAUCAGUACAUUGACAUGAUCCAGCCGACCACUCGGUUCGGCCAAAUUCGCCCGCAGCGCAGUUGGGUCAUUGACAAGCAAAUCCUUGGCCAGGCUGGCAAAGGUCUGAAUGUGACAGGGUGCAACCAGACCAUUACACCCGCCUGUCUUAAAGAAUUGUACAAGAUCAAGGACUUCAAGGCCGAUCCCAACAACGGUAACAAGCUCGGUAUUGCUGGCUACCUUGAAGAGUAUGCCAAAUUUGCAGAUCUUGGACAAUUCUUGAAGGAAUAUGCUCCUUAUGCUGCCGGUGCUAGCUUCAAGUACCAGCAAGUGCACGGCGGCCAGUGGAAACAAAAUGACACAGUCGAUGACGACGUCGAGGCAAAUCUUGAUAUCCAAUAUGGCCUCUCGCUUUCCUACCCCACCCCCAACGAGUAUUAUAUCACCGGUGGCCGUGGACUGCUCGUGCCGGAUUUGGAUCAGCCCGAUGCGAGUGAUGACGAAAAUGAACCCUACCUCGACUUCUUGAACUACAUUCUUUCGUUGCCGGAGGAUGAACUGCCGCAGACCUUGUCGACCUCUUACGGCGAGGAUGAGCAGAGUGUGCCUGAGCCUUACUCGCGCACCGUAUGCUCCAUGUUUGGUCAGCUCGGCGCCCGGGGUGUCUCUGUCAUUUUCUCCAGCGGUGACACUGGUGUCGGAAGCGCCUGCCAGACCAAUGAUGGGAACAAGACUACCCGCUUCCUACCCACAUUCCCCGCCAGCUGUCCCUGGGUAACCUCCGUUGGCGCUACGCACUAUGUGGCUCCUGAAGCUGGCAUCAGCUUUUCGUCGGGUGGAUUUUCGGACCGCUUCCCGACUCCAGGAUGGCAGAAGCAUGCCGUGGACCGAUACUUGAACAUUCUGGGCGAUCAAUGGAAAGGUCUCUACAAUCCCAAUGGCCGCGGCAUUCCCGAUGUGUCUGCGCAGGGCUCACACUUUCACGUCAUUGACCAAGGCAAAGAGAUUCUGGUUGGAGGUACUAGUGCCGCCGCGCCUACGUUUGCUGCUGUCGUCUCUCUGCUCAAUAGCGCGCGUGUCUCCGCCAAUCUUCCUCCGCUCGGUUUCCUGAACCCCUGGAUCUAUGCCUUUGGACGAUAUGGUCUCACCGACAUUACCCACGGUGGCUCUACAGGCUGCACCGGCAAGGACAUUUAUAGUGGCCUUGCGACUCCCUAUGUCCCUUAUGCCUCGUGGAACGCCACCGAGGGCUGGGACCCUGUAACUGGAUGGGGAACACCAGUGUUUACCAAGCUGCUGGCAUUGUCCUCGCCCUUUGAGCUCGACUUUUUGACCUUUAACUUUACUCGAUUUGUAUGACCGAGAGUAGGCGAGAAGAGACGUUAUUUGUCUAUUUACUUUGCAUGUGCAUGGAAUUAUCAUGGCGAUGCUAAAUGCUCUUGUGAGCGUCUACAUUUGCAAACUCGCAUUUGCUGUACAUAACGGGUGUCUAUGAAUGAUAUUUGACUGAUCGAGAAUACACUUUUUAUUGUACAGUCAAUAAAUUCUCGAAGAAUCUAGCUGCAGAUUGUAUCUGGAAAUUCUUGUUGACAUUGCAGGAG